AUCAUUUGAUUUAGUUGUACUUUCAGAUUUUGAUGUUGUAUAGAUCAAUGGUUCAACAAAACUACCUAACUUCCUUGAAUAGCAGGAACUUCAUAUUUGACUUGUUUUAAUGUUCUUUGCUGUGAGAUUCAUGGAUUUCAUUUUGGUGCUUCUGAAAUUAUAUGCACAAUUAGAUUUUUGUUGAGAGAUCUAUUGCCUAAUUACCCGCUUUUAGCUCUCCAAAAUUGUGGACAUGUCAGAGAACUAUAAGGUAAACUAUAAUGUUCUCUUUCCCCCCACCGAAAGUGGUUGUUGACAAGACAAUAGAAUAAGCAGACACAUUUGAGUGCCUAACUAGAAUUAUCAUGUGGAAGAAGAUCUGAUGAGACAUCUGGGGUCGAACACUUUGAAUUAAAUCCUGGGUUUCCUUUUUCAACCGAACUAAACGUUUAGCAAUGGAUGAAAAUGGUGGGACAAAGUUGACUGGAAUCAGGCAGAUUGUUCGGCUUAAGGAAAUUCUCCAGAAAUGGCAAUCUGUCACACUUGGCACAAAGCCGAGCAGCCCCAGUUCUCACCGAAGUCCUGGGGGUAUUUCACCAGUGAUUAAUAAAAGGCUAUCAGAUAUCAAGUGUUGUGAUUCAGAUGAGGAAAGCUGCCAAAGCCCUGACCCGCCACCCGAUGUCCCUAAAGGAUACCUGGCGGUUUAUGUUGGGCCAGAGUUGCGGAGGUUUAUCAUUCCCACUAGCUAUCUUAGCCACUCCUUAUUCAAGGUUUUGCUGGAAAAGGCUGAAGAGGAGUUUGGGUUUGAUCACAGUGGCGGGCUCACGAUUCCUUGUGAGAUUGAGACUUUCAAAUACCUUCUCAAGUGCAUGGAGAACACUCAGAAGGAUCAACCUGAUGACAUCUCAGCUGAAGAAGAUUCACUAACCAUUGAAGAGUAAAAAGAUGAUUGUUGUGGAUGUAGUGGUUGAGAUUUGUAGGGGUGAUUUUCUGAUGUAAAAGUAAGGUCUCUCUCCUGCAGAUAUCUUCUUUUCUUUUUGUCUCUUUUCCCCACCUUACUUUACAAACAAAUAGGAAACUUUAGUUAGAAGUUUGUUGGCAGGAAAAAACACGAUGCUAAGAAUUUGUUCUUUUUAUUGAAAUGUGAACUGCAGUUGCAAUUUGAUUGAACACGAACACAAUUUACUGCUCAGCAAAACAUUUACUUACAUAAUGAAUAUAUAUGGGGUCAACCAAAAAAAGCUUUUGGGUGUUUUCCAA